AUGAGCGAUUCUCGUAGCGUCUCUUCCUCCGAUGACUCUGUCUCUGUUGCCACCGCUCAACCGAAUGUUUGGCGGAGUUGUAGAAGUGGAAACGGUUGUAAUUCGCUGGCUUUGGGGUUGGCUCCAGAGGCUUCACGCCAUUGGCAGGACCUGUUCUGGUUAGGUGUAUUUGUGUUGCAUUUGGUUGGGUUAGGUCUUAUUCUAGGGGUACUUGGUAUUAAUAGGUUUAGGAAAAAGGAUAGGCUUAAUAUUGAUAAGUACACAAUGAGAUUUCUUGAGAAUCAAGCGGGAUUAACAGAGGACUUUUGGCCAUUGUACGCCGUUGCUGGUGGAGUAGGGACGCUUCUCGGGUGGACUUGGUUGUUGUUGCUUGGUUCGAAAGCGAAUCAGUUACUAAAGGUUUCGGUGCAUAUAUUAACCACUUAUCUUGCUGUGAUCAGUGUGCUUUGCUUUUGGGGCAAGCAGUUCUUCUGGGGUGUUGCAUUUGCCAUUGGUGCUGCUUUGCAGUUCUUGUACGUCAUAUCGAUCAUAGACAGACUUCCAUUUACCAUGCUAGUGGUGCAAAAGUCAAUGAAAAUGGUUUGGAGCCUUCCUGAAGUUAUGAGAGUAGCAUGUGCAUCCAUGGUAGUCAUGCUUUUAUGGCUAGCCUUAUGGUCCUUUGGAGCAGCUGGUGUUGUAGCAUCUAGCCUGGGUGAUGGUGGACGCUGGUGGCUUCUGGCGGUGUUCUGUGUAAGUUUGUUUUGGACGGGUGCAGUGCUCUGUAAUACUGUUCAUGUUAUAGUGUCUGGAAUGGUGUUUCUUGUACUCAUGCAUGGUGGUCGAGAAGCAGGAUCAAUGCCUCCCAACCCGCUGAUGAAGUCUCUCCGGUAUGCUGUGACAACUUCUUUUGGCAGCAUAUGCUAUGGAUCACUCUUUACAGCUGCUAUUCGGACAGUACGGUGGAAGAUAAGAGGAUUCAGGUCAAAGAUUGGCAGCAACGAGUGUUUGCUAUGCUGUGUUGAUUUCCUUUUUAAUCUGGUGGAGACUCUUGUUCGGUUUUUUAACAAAUAUGCCUAUGUCCAGAUUGCUGUUCAUGGCAAAAAUUUUAAUCACUCGGCUAGAGAUGCCUGGGAAUUAUUCCAAUCAACUGGUGUUGAAGCACUCGUUGCCUAUGAUUGUUCAGGUGCUGUCCUACUGAUGGGCACUAUUUUGGGUGGCCUUAUUAGCGGAACUUGUGCAGGAGUUUGGACAAAGAUUAAAUAUCCUGACAGAGUGAUUAUGGUUGGCUCUACUGCCAUGUUGAUGGGAAUGAUCUCGGUCGGGUUGGCAAUGGUAGUGGUGGAAAGUGCAGUUACAUCCAUUUACAUAUGUUAUGCAGAAGACCCUUUGUUAAUACAUAGAUGGGAUGCUGAAUUCUUCAACCAGAUGUCAGAAACACUACACCAGCGUCUACAACAUAGGAGUGCCCGGGCAAGGGAAGUAUUGACCCACAGCAGUGUCGAUGGCCGCUUUCAAGAAACAGUAUCCGUUUAAACUUCACCCAGGUUCAUUGUGUUCUAUUGUGAAUUUAUUUUCAUCCAAAUGAACAGAAUGGCUUCUCUAGGUUUGUGCUUAUUUUUGGGGUUGUUAAACAAUCAGAUCAAAUUGAGUUUGGUUCGUAUCAAAUUGAGUCGGAUUUGUAAACUCAUUCUUUGAAUGAGCGAAAUUCAAG